AUGGGCUGGCUGCUCAUCUGCUACAUUCCGCAAUGGGGUCGCAUCGUCGCACGCAGAUCGGCAGAGGGUCUGUCGACGUACUAUAUCCUCCUUGGCUCCCUAUCCGGCGUGUGUGCCGUGGGCAAUAUCAUGAUGCUCCUCUCUAGCGCCGUCGAUAUCGGCUGCUGCAGGACAAACACGCGCUUUGCCUGCGUCAGUGGCCUGCUCGGCAUGCUCCAGCGCAAUCACUACCUUCUCGCUGAUCUGCUCUCGCGGGACUUUGCUGAACUCCUCGUCCAGCCUUUUCAUACCAUCACUGUCCGGUCCCGACCGCACAUUCGACGAGCAAAGCGGGCGUGGAAGGUCCUCGUCGCCGCAUGCAGCUUCGCAUUUGCCGUCCUCAUGGUGUCGGCCAUCAUCUUGCAUCGCUUCCCGUGGUAUGCCCAAGCGUGGGCAGACAUCCUCGGCAUCGCCGUGGCCGUCUUUGCUUGCAUCCAGUGGAUUCCCCAGGUGCGGACCACAUGGCAUCUGGGUCAUCUGAGAAGUCUCAGCCCCGUGUCUAUCUGCCUGACUGCUCCCUACAUCUGGAUCUUCGGAAUCAACAUGAUGAUCCGAGUCGGGUUGAAGGGCUGGAGUGCGUGGAUCGUCUACGUGCUUGUGGGAACCAUGCAGAUCGUCCUGAUCGUCUUGGCCAUCUGUUUCGCCGUGAGGGACCGGAGACUGGCCAAGCAAGGGAAACAACACUGUGCGACUCCCGCAAAUUUCGAGGGGUGGAACACUUGGGGUGCUCGUACCCGCACCUCAUCAGUCGUCUCCCGUGUCCAUUCCCUGCUGGCGCUAGACGAGCAAAGCCCGUUGCUUUACGAGCAGCCCUCAUCGCGACGGCAAACCAUCCCUUAG